AUGUGGCUGCUGAGUGCCAGCAAGGAGGUGGCUCUGCAGACACAACUAGAGCAGCAGCAAGAAGGCAGCAAUGAGGAUUCCACCUCCAUCAUCUGGCCCAGUGGCUCCUGCAUUGGCAAACUUGGGUGUAGCCAUACAGCUGUGGCAGCCUGGGAGAGGGUGUCUCCUGGGCUGGCACCUGCUGGACUGUGGGCACUGGAAGAGGUUAGCCCUGAACCCACAGCAGACUCUCCACUGACUCUCUCAGUUCCUGGAGAUGUGGCCAAAGAGGAGCUGAAUGAUCACAAUCCUCCAGCUGUGCUCACAGCACAACCUGAAUAUUCCGAGCCGGGAGAGCUGUUCCCAGCCCAAGAGCAUUAGAAGCAUCUCAGGCAGCAGGUGGAAGAGGUACAGGGGAAUGGCCAGAACAUCAAGGCAGAGCCACAAGCAGAGCUGCCCGAAGCUCCGAUUGCCAUCAUGGCAGUGAGGAGGAGGAACAAGGAAGACAUGAGAAGACUUCAAGAUCACUGGAAUCUCCAUAGACAGAGGGGUGAUUUACAAAACCAGGUGAGUGUAAGAGUGGCUGCCACUCCACUCAAGAAAAUUUCUCUCUCUUGUUGUUUACAGAACUUCAAUGAGGAGCUGCCCGCAGAGCUGCAUAAAACUCAGGCUAUGCUCAAAGCAAGGGAGAAGAGGCUGGGGGAAGAUAUGAAAAUCAUGAAAGAGAAAAUGAAUCUCCUUCAGGGGCAAGAGGCUCUAGAAAAGACAGUGGCCAUAAAGAAAAUUAAUCUCCACUCACUGAGGAAGAUGCAAGUAACUGUUAAUGAAAUCAUGGUUAUGAAGAGGAAUAGGAGUCCUUGUGUUGUGAAUUAUUUAGACAGCUACCUUGUGGAUAAGCAAUUCUGGCUGGUGAUGGAGUACAUGGAUGGAGGCACUCUGAGCAAUGUCAUCAGCAGGACCUUCCUGUCUGAAGAUGAGAUGGCAGCUGUCAGUCAGCAGUGCCUGCAAGGACUGGAUUUUCUUCACUCGAAUCUUGUCAUCCACCGGGAUGUGAAGAGCCACAACAUCCUUCUCAGAAGCGAUGGCUCUGUCAAGCUGGCUGAUUUUGGCCUCUCUGCUCAGCUCACCCCAGAGCAAAAUCAACGGUUGUCAGUGACUGGGACUCCUUGGUGGAUGGCACCUGAAAUUGUGAAAGGUCAACCAUAUGGCUACAAAGUGGACAUAUGGUCUUUUGGAAUUGUGGGAAUUGAAAUGGUGGAACGAGAAGUUCCUUAUGAGAGUGAACGUUCCCUCUCACCUCAGCUCCUGAUAGCCACAGGAGGGAGACCAAAGCUGCAGCAGCCCGACCUCUUCUCUCCUUUGCUGCGACACUUCCUGAGCUGCUGCCUGCAGACAGAUGAGGCUCGGCGCUGGACUGCCAAGGAGCUCCUGCAGCAUCCAUUUGUAACAUCAGCCAAGCCACUGUCAACUCUGGCACCACUCAUCAUUUCAAUGAAGAAGAAGAAGGAGACAAGAAUGUAA